UGGGCACAGUGCAGAGCCGUGAAACCUAUGGAUGAUGCUCUACAAGACAUAUCAGUCGUAUUGUCAUCGGCUGCAGCACGACAUGUACUUUCUUACAAGCAAUAGUCGACUGAAUGAGCAAGUGGUUGAUAAAAUUAUUCUUCAGCUUAACAGAGUCUACCCCCAAAUUCUUACCAAUGCAGAAGCAGAAAAGUUCAGGAAUCCAAAGGCAUCACUCCAUACCAGACUUUCAGAUUUGAUAAAGCACCUUCAAAAGAAAGGAGACAGACACUGUCAAGAGUUUUACAGGGCUCUACAGAUCAAUGCUGAACAGCUGUAUAAUGACCUGCCAAGCAGGAAAAUCUUGAAAACCACAGAUUCCACAGAGAUAGACACUGACAAGGAGAAAUAUAUGCUAAAUGACAGGGGUCCAGUGUUUUUCGUUGCUUGUUUCAGCGUUGCUGCAGGAUUUGCAUUAUUUUGGUAUUGCUGUAACUCAGAUACGAAAGUCAUAGGAAGAGCCAGGAGAAUCUUGGGCUUUUCUCCUAUUAUUAUAGGAAGACAUGUUAGAAAUAUUUGUAUGUUGUAUUUGGAAGACAUACCAAGAAAUUAAGGAAAAGCUGCCUCUUCAUUUGUCUAUACAGUAUACCUGCCAAGGGAAGACAGCGGUGCAUGAAUAUUAAUGUACUAUACUCUCAUACCAAAGAUUUUAUUAACUCGCAUCAUUAAUAAUUGUGUUGCCUCAAGAUGUAUUCAGAAUUUCAGCUAUGUAUGUCCUUCCUGAUGGGAAUGGACCAUUUAUUUUUGUAAAUGCUUAUUUUAAAAUAUUUAUCAUUUGGAGAAAAAAUAUUUUUAAUACAAACUUUAAAAUGAUAUCCUAAGUGACCGUGGGUCUUAAGCCAUGUUUGCGUAUGUGUUUUAUACUGGAAUGAAGGAUCACAACUGUUUCAAGAAUACUAGCCUGUCUUUUGUGAUAAUUCAUUUAAAAAAAGCACUUAAAAGAAGACGUGCACUCAAAGCCUUACUAAGAAGUGGAUCUCCAUCUCAGGAUUGUCUGUUUUGUCUAGAUCCUUUGUAUUUACUGCCUGAGCUCAGGUGGGUGCUGGCACCUACGAAGUUUAUCAGUGCCAGUUAACUCUGUGUAUGCCUAGUACUUGCCGUGUUUUGUAACUCUCCUGUUCGUGCCUCAUCCCAGCCUGCCUUGUUCAUGUUCACACUCAGCUGUUGGCUGUGGUUUGCAUGCACUGGAGCUCGUGCAGACUGGCUCCCAGCCUGUGGAGGGUCCCAGGGGCUGGAAUGUCUGAUCUGAAACACGUCAAACUACCAGGAAGAUUUUUCAGAUUUGUUUCGCUUUUCCUUUUCCAGUGAAGUGUUUUGCAGUCUGUCUAUCUAAGAAACUGAAGUAAUCGUAAGAUACUUUGCAGGGACUUAAGUACCACGACAUGGGGCUUUUUUUAUGGCCAAAAAUGUGUAUGCUUACUAGAAGAGCCUGAGGUUGUUCCUAAUGUCAUUUGAUGUUAUGUUUUCAUUCGGUGAGUUGAAACCUGAAAGACUUGCACAAACCAUUGUAAUUCUUGAGAGAGAUGCAGGGAGCUGGGGCUGCAGGUGAAGCAGUUUGGGGUUUCUUAGCUUGGUCCUGCCUAGCUCAGUACAAAUGGCAGUAGUUCUGAACUGGCUGUAAGAAACGACAUUUUAAGUGGAUAGUUCUUCAGUUAGCUGCUCCAGAGUGUAAGGAGCUUGGGGAGACCAUGUCCCUGUACUUGGUGAGAAAGAUGCUUUGUGGCUCUUCAUUCACUGACUGAAUGAAGAGAUUUCCAGAUCAAAUCAAAUAUCACCUGAAUAAAAAUUGCAGCUACAUUACAAGUUACCAUGCACUGGAGGAUCCCAUGUGAAAUUUUCAGUCAUUUGGAGUUGUUUUUCUCAGAACAGUCAGACUGAAAAUUGUCUUCCAGCUUUAAACUUUAUUCAUGCUAUAAAAAUGUCACCGUCUUCUCCAAAGCAAAUCAUCUUGUAGUAAUUGUAUGUCCUUCCAGGACAGCAUACACCUGAUACAGUAAUAAGCAUAUAGUCCAGAGGAGGAAUUGGGUACAGGGCUAAAUUUUCAAAUAAAAGACCCCAAGAGUAUUUGUGGGAAAUGUCUUGAGAGAUGAAAAAGGGCUCAGAGGAUGCUGAUUUUACUCUUCUGAUAAAAUGUUUUUACCUAAGGCAUUGGUGUGUGGUUGGGACGUGAGGCAACCCCAUGUAGAGGUAGCCACAGCCUUCAUUAGGUCGAAUCUCAAGAACAGAUGUUGUGUCUUUGGGGCCAUCGCUCGUGGGAGUGCAGCUCAUCUCGAAAGACCCAGGUGGAAUCAGAUGGGCUGCAGGGAUAACCCUACAGCCACGUUGUAAGUCAGCACAAGCUGUUUGGUUCAGUAUUUAUUCCAGCUCUGGGAAGACGAGCUCCCAGGUGCCGGGUUGACACUGUGAACAGUGCCUUUGCCAGCCACGCAGCUGCAGCCUGCUCCUUGGACUGUAGAGCUGGCCGUUCCCUGACCGACAGCUCCCCUGGUGUAACUGUGCAGAAUCUACAGAAGAGUUUUCUGUGGAGACAGGUAGACAUACCCCGGGAUCAGCAGUGGCCUGAGAGAUAUUAUAAGCCUGACUGCUGCAGUGUAAAAUGUGGAAUGAGACAAAUGCCGUGUGAACAAAGUACCACCCAGCAGGGCUGUUUGUUUAGACCUCUUUGCCCCUGUUUCCACCCCACCAGCUCUUGCGUCUCUUCAAUCUAAUCUCCACGGGGACUCAUUAGUGAGAAAAUGCUGAUGGAACUGAGCAUGUUUCCUACAAAACUAGCUAAUCGCAAGGCUCUGCUGCCCUUGUUACACAAUGAUCUGCUGUUGUGCUGCCUUCCAUCUUGGGAAGUGCUUUAAUUCUGUUGUUUUUGUCUCUGCCUUGCCUUGUGUUCAAGGUGACAACAGGUUUUGGGUCUUUUUCCUCCGGGAAAACAGCUCUAAUUUAUAACAUUUGAACUGAAAUGCUCCUUUCCUCACAGAUGCUUACCUCCUAUAGCAGCCCCUUAAGGGACUAGAAAAACUACACCUGAAAUCUAAAGGGGUUUUAAAUCUUUGCCUUGAAGCCAACUUUGAAACCUCAUUAGAUGAACAAUAUUCCAUUUUACAGAAAAAAAAAAAAUUCUUCAAAGUAAUCACAGAAGCCACAUCUCAUUUUGAAACAGAAACAGAGGCCUUAUUUCUGCUAGGCAGAUUCUUCUGUUUAGAUUAGCCACCGUGUUACCUUUUGAAUAACAGAUUGCAAAUUGUGAGCUGUUACUGAAACCUACAGAAGUUACCAGUGCCUUAUUUAAUCUGAAGGUGAGAAUCUGCUAUACUUACUGGGUCAAGGAUGCCUUGCAGUGCAAGGAACCUUCUCAGGUUGAUAAAAUUGCCCCAGGAGUACACUGGCUGUGCAUUAGGACACGGUCCUCCCAGUUCCUUAAACCCAGGGGCUUUCUUGAGCCUUGUUAACCACAGGGAAUAGGAAAGCUUACUAAAGGCUAUGGCUGUAUUUCUUCCCUUUCUGAGGUUGCUUGAGAUGAAGAUGCCUUUCAGGGGAAAAAAAAAAAAUCCAGGAUGAGCUAUGCCCAGUGUUAGGACUGGGAAGAGAGAGGAAAAAUGAGUCUUGGUUUAUCCCAGUGUUGUUAGUUAAAGGACGCAACAGCAAAGAGUAGGAAAUAAUCUGUUCCUUUAUUAUUGCUAGUUUUUAAUUUAAAAAGUAAAAGUGAGGGUAGCUGUAAAAUUGUCACGUGCAUAAGCUGGGAGACAUUCUUUCUCUUGGAAGAUUUUUCUUUAGGGAACAAAAAGUGAGGUUUAAUACACUUCUCUGCAAGCACAUCUAUGCAGCACAUGCAGACAGCAGAUGAAGUGAUAAUUCCAUCUUCAGUUCCUUAAGGAAGCUUGUAUGUACCUGUGUGGGAGUCAGGUCCUUCUAGGCAAGCAGUGUUAUUUACUCUGAAAUAAAUCACAUGGGGCCUUGGAUGAGCUUGUGUUGCUGCAGAAUGCCAGCUUCCCUGUCGAGUCAAGAAUAGCUUGGCGUUUGCUGCUGAAACUGUACUGGUAUUUAGGAAUGUGCUUUACUUUAUGUGCAGGGAAGUUGUCCUGGCUGUGCAAAAUUCAGCAGGUGAUUACAUGUGCAGAGGAUAGAGGCUAUUCUUGUGAAUGCUGUGGUUCUUGUGCUGUAGACAGUAAACAUACAGGAGCUAAUAAAAAGCAGACAUAUUUUCAACAUACCCUCUCUCACCUUGUGCAACUCUCGUUGAAAAAGUAAAGUGUUUUCUUUUCCCUACAGCAUAAACAGCACUGUCCUUUAGCGGCGCUGUGGGCUGAGGAGUCAAAUGGCUAUUGCAUGAGGGAUGCUGUCCUGGCGGGCUGAUCGUGGCUCUCGGGAAAGAGAUGAGCAAGGAGAAGCUGUGGGCUCUGGAGGGUGGGAGCGUGCAGAUUGUCAAACAGUUGGUGUCCCUGCCAGCUUAGACUCUGCUCUGCAGCGAGCACCUUGCACAUGGAGUUGCUGCAGCUCCCACCAGGGACUGUCCCCCUUUGCUGCUUUGUGACUUGGGUGUGAAUCCUGAGGGGAGGGAAGGGGGGAUGAGCUCCACACUCUUCAGCCUGGAGGACUCCUGAUACCUAGCCAUAAACCAUCUUCCCUCCUUGUCUUUUUCUUAUGAAUGGGCUUUUUGAUUUAAAGUAAAGCUGAACUGCCUCUGUCUUGGUGGUAAUUUUGAGGCUAUCUGGAUUCAAGGACAAGAGUUCGCCAGUGUGAUAAGCCCUCAGCAGAGCAUGCAGGCAGCUGGCCCAAGCCAUAUAAACAGUUAAGGCAAGAGUGUCUGCAUGCAGAGAGCGCUAGGAAGCAAAGUGACAGAUCAUGCAAUUAAUUUUCACAGUUCCAUUUAAAGACAGACUGCUAUUUAAAGUACUUCAGUGAAGUAUGAUGUGCCUGCAAGCCAGAGCUGGAAUAAAGUGAUAAUUCAUUCUGGGACAUACUGGGCUACUUCAUAGCUGCUGGCUAGAGUUUUCAAAGCUGCUGAGGCAAAGUUACUCUUUUUGUUUCUUUCACUUGUGAUUUUUUUUUCUCAUACUGUAAUAAAUUGAAAACAGAUUUGGUCAAAGUUUGCAGUUGUGGAUGCUUUUCAAUGCUGUUCUGUAUGCACAAAUGUUAUUCCCGAGAGAUGCCAUGCCAUAGCUGCAUAAUCAGCGUUGAUGUUACACUAAGAAAUGCAGUUUGCUGUAUUUCAUAGGUCCUGUGUUUUGUAAUAAUUUCUCCUAAUGUAUGUCUUCUUGAAUUCUGUAGACAUUAAUGGAAUUUGGUUUUUAAUGAGGUGAAGCUGGCAAUUAAAUUGAAAUAAAAUCUGUACUGAGAAAAAAAA